AUGGAGAAUGAAGGGAGAUCUAGUGAGAAAAAUCUCUACGAGGUUCUUGGUGUUGAAGCAACAGCAUCUCCACAAGAGAUAAGGAAAGCAUACCAUAAGUUGGCAUUGAGGCUUCAUCCUGAUAAAAAUAAAGACGAUGAGGAAGCUAAAGAGAAGUUUCAGCAGCUGCAAAAGGUGAUAUCGAUUCUCGGUGAUAAAGAGAAAAGGGCAGUCUAUGAUCAGACUGGUUCAGUUGAUGAUGCUGAUCUUUCGGGAGAUGUGGUUGACAACUUGAGGGACUUCUUCAAGGCCAUGUACAAGAAGGUCACCGAGGAGGAUAUUGAAGAGUUUGAGGCAAACUACAGAGGUUCUGAAUCCGAGAAGAAAGACUUGAUUGAACUGUACACGAAGUUUAAGGGUAAAAUGAGCAGGCUUUUCUGCUCAAUGCUUUGUUCAAACACUAAGCUUGAUUCACACCGCUUCAAAGAUAUUAUCGACCAGGCCAUUGCAGCAGGAGAAGUGAAAUCAACGAAAGCUUACAAGAAAUGGGCAAAAGAAAUUUCAGAAAUAGAGCCUCCCACGAAUGACACGCAGAUGAGACAGAAAGCAGCAAAGGUUGCAAAGAAAGAUCUUUACGCUGCAAUUUUGCAGCGAAGCGAUUCGAGGAAAGAGAAGUUCGAUACAAUGUUCUCGUCACUUGUCUCUAGGUAUGGUGACAAUGGCGAGUCAGAGCCAAACGAAGAAGAAUUCGAAGCUGCACAGAGAAAAGUUGAAAGCCGGAGAUCAUCGAAGAAGUCGAAAAGAAAGUAA